AUGGCAGGUAGCGGCGGCCUGGCCGGCGGGGCCGGGGGCAGCCAGGGCACCGCGGGAGGGCCCGGGGCCGCGCUUCGGGCGUCCCGUGCGCCUUUGCUGUUCGCCGUGCUGGUUCUCGGCUCUUACUGCCUCUGCGCCCUCCCCGGACGCUGCCCGCCGGCCGGCCGGGUCCCCGCGCCGGCCCCUGCGCGCGCCGAGCCGCCCCGCGUAUCCCGUAGCCCCGGGGCGCCGGGUCUGCCAGUGGCCAGUGGCUCGGGCCGGCGGCGCUUCCCGCAGGCCCUCAUCGUGGGCGUGAAGAAGGGUGGCACGCGCGCCCUGCUGGAGUUCCUGCGGCUGCACCCCGACAUCCGCGCGCUCGGCUCGGAGCCCCACUUCUUCGACAGGUGCUACGAGCGCGGCCUCGCCUGGUACCGGAGCCUGAUGCCCCGUACCCUGGAUGGACAGAUCACCCUGGAGAAGACCCCCAGCUACUUCGUGACGCGGGAGGCCCCGCGCCGCAUCCACAGCAUGUCCCCGGCCACGAAGCUGAUCGUGGUCGUGCGGAACCCCGUGACCCGGGCCAUCUCCGACUAUGCACAGACCCUCUCCAAGACCCCGGGCCUGCCCAGCUUCGGCACCCUGGCCUUCCGCCGUGGCCUGGGCCCCGUGGACACCGCCUGGAGUGCCGUACGCAUCGGCCUGUACGCGCAGCAUCUGGACAACUGGCUGCGCUACUUCCCGCUGUCCCGCUUCCUCUUCGUCAGUGGCGAGCGCCUGGUCAGUGACCCCGCCGGGGAGCUGGGCCGUGUGCAGGACUUCCUGGGCCUCAGGCGGGUCGUCACGGACAAGCACUUCUACUUCAAUGCCACCAAGGGCUUCCCCUGCCUCAAGAAGGCACAGGGCAGCGGCCGGCCACGCUGCCUGGGCAAGUCCAAGGGCCGGCCGCACCCGCGCGUGCCCGAGGCCGUGGUCCAGCGCCUGCGGGCCUUCUACCGGCCCUUCAACCGCAAGUUCUACCAGAUGACUGGCCAGGACUUCGGCUGGGACUGACAGGGCUGGGGCCCACACCCUGCCUGGGGACGCUCAGUGACCUUAAUUUAUGCCUAUCACCCGGCCGGAGCAGACCCUGGGCACACGCUGGGUGGAGAGAAAUCUUUACAAAAUAAAGUUUGCAUCUGUGUUCUUCUAGGAGCCCUUGAGGGUUGGAGGGUGGGGCUGGAGUUGCCACCUCCUAGAGGUAGAAGUGGAAAGUGAAAGUUGCUCAAUUGUGUCUGACUCUUUGGGACCCCAUAGACUGUAGCCCACCAGGCUCCUCUGUCCAUAGGAUUCUCCAGGCAAGAAUACUGGAGUGAGUUGCCAUUCCCUUCUCCAGGGGAUCUUCUUGAUCUAGGGGUCGAACCUGGGUCUCCUGCACUGCAGGUAGAUUCUUUACCAUCUGAGCCACCAGGUCUGACCCUCCGGGGUUGGGGAUAAUCAUACCGGCUAACGUAGCCGGGGACCAUUCGUGUCAGGAGUGGACAGAAGCCCGAUCCUUGUCUAUCCCUUGAGGUGGGCAGUGAGCUUGGAGCCUGUCACAAGCGAGCAACUUAGGCUCAGAGAGGUUUGGGUCCUGCUCAGUGACACACAGCUCCGCCCUGGUGACUCUGGAGACCACCCUCGGGCUCUCUUCUCCGCCCUGGGAGGCCGAGCUGGGCCUUCUCCAGUUCCAGGUGGGGAAGCGGAGGCCCCAGCUUGCCCACCUGAGAUGAGUCUGUGUGGUUCUCCAGGCUGCACCCGCGAUCCCAGCUCACUCUGUGUCCCUGUGCCCAGUGGACACCUGCUCCUGGAAACCCGGACAGAGGGUGUGGGGGACUCCUGUGUGCAGAGUGGUUCUUCUGACAGCCUCCAGGCAGCUCCCUGCAUAGCCCUGCAUCACCACCCCGCCGGCUCUGACCAUCACAGGGGCCGCCCACCAGACUCUGCAGGGCACGCCCACUCCCCAGGCCCUCUGGGCCCCACUUCUGUGGUGUUUAUCCAACUUCCUCCCCUGGGGAUGGGCAAGCAAGAAUGCCCAGCUGCAGCCCAGCUGCCAGCUCGGCUCUUAACCAGGCUGGGCUGGACUGGGGCAGGCUGGGGUGCCCAGUCCAUCUGUCUUCCCCCAGAAACCCAGGGCCCCCUCAGUAAUGAUUGUCACCUGCCUCUGGCCGUAGUGCUGUCUGCCAGGUGCUCACCAGCUGUCCUGACUGUGAUCUCCAGGGCCCCUUAGGCCCAGGCCUGGCACACCCUGGCCCAGCCCUUGGGUCCAUGCCAGAUGGUCAGGCUGGGCCGGGGCUGGUGGAAACAUGGUGGCAGACAUGGGUGGAUGUGGAUGUGCCCACAACCCCCUCCCCCUGGACUCAGACCCCUGAUCUGGGUGUGGGGGAGGGCUGGCUUGUUGCAACGGUGAGGAGGGGUGACACCCUGCUUUGGAAUCCUGCUGGGUGGUGAGCACCAGCCUUGGCAGCCCUGUGCCGCUCCCCAGUCCCCAGUUAGGGCCGGCAUGGGGCAGGAGGGGAGGCAGGACAGCCCUGACCGCUGGGCCUGCGGCCAGCCUGGACCUUGCGUGAUCCUUCUCCCGGGACCUACCCUUGUGCACACUUUCGCCAUCUCCUGAGCGGAUGGCUCCAGGGGCACCUCUUCUGUUUUCCCGCGAUGAGCACUGUGCAUGCACGGCAGCCAGAGGGGCAUCUUCAGAGUAACCCAGAUGCUAUUAUUUGAAAACCCGCCAAUCUUCUCCCCACCCUCUUGCUUCUAGAAUGAAGACCAGAUGCCUGACUGCAGCUGUUAACACCCUCUGAGGCAUGUCCCUCCGCCUGGUCUCUGUCCUCCACUAGCUGGCCUCGAGGUUUCUCCCCGUCGGCUCCUCCCACCUGCCAGGACUUGCCAGCCUCAGAGCCUUUGCACAUGCUGUUCCCCCUGCUGGGGAUGCUGUUCCCUGCAGAAGGUGUCGACUGAGAGGGAGGCAGCCGUAGGCCCUGCAGCUGAGCUCUCAGCUGGCUCAUUUCCUCCCAAGAGGUGCCUGGAGUUACGAGCCUGCCAUGGGACCCCCUUCUCCUUCCUGAAGCCUGGAUGUAGAGCUGGCGGGGACCCUAGCUUGUCUGGUUUGGGGGCAAGGCCCCACUCAGCAGGCAGUCUGGAAGCAGUGAAGAGAAAAGGUAGACAGCCUUGCUCUGCUCAACCUGCUGCCCGUGGAGACCAGGCCGAAGGGCCAGCGCCCAGCACCAGGUGCCCAGCUGGGCCUCGGGACGCACUGAGGGCAGCCGUGGGGGUCCUCCUGGCUGUGCGUGGGGGUGGGGCUCCAUGGGAGAGUCACCGGCCUUUAAUUAAAGCCCCUAAAUUGCUUCCCCAGCUGUUCAGUGGGUUUUCCAUGUUGGAAUGUUCCAGAUGGAGUGAGC